AUGUCUUCUUCAGACUCUGCUGAUCACAUGAUGCGUUUUACUGAACGUAUUGCGUUUUAUGCUUUUAUCCAUAUUAGUUCAUAUACAAACUUUAAAGAUAACAUUUCCAAGUGGGAGAAACGUGUAUGCUUAAACAGUGGAAGAAAGUUUUUCAAACCUAAAGUCAGUGGAUCCAUUACACCUGCUGUUGGAAUGUUUUUUAAGUCAUUUGAUGAGGCUUUUGCGUUUUAUCAGAGAUAUGCACUUGCUGCAGAAAGAUUUCAUGUUAGCAAAGAAAUAGAUUCUGGUUCAGUUGAGAAUAGUAAAAAGAUUGUUAGACGUAAUAGAGGUUCAAAAAGAGUUUGGUGCAAUGCUCAUGUGAAAUUAAUAUUAGAGAACAAUAAUAUGUUUAAAAUCUACUACUUUGAAGAAGAACAUAAUCAUAUGUUUGUUGAAGAUGAAGAUAUUCAUUUCUUGCCGGCUGCCAGAAGUAUCGAUUAUGAAAACAAUGGUUUUGGUGAAGUUGGUGCUAGUAAAGUUGAUUGUAAGAAUUAUAGAAGGGAUUUGAAUCUUUACAUCGGAGAGUAUGAUGCAGAAAUGGUAGUUAGGCGUCUUAUUAGGAAGAAAGAAUGUUGUCCUGGUUUCACAUGUGAUUAUGUUAUUGGUGAAGAUAGAAGAUUGAAAGGGCUUUUUUGGGCUGAUGAGCAAUCAAAAACAAAUUAUACAGUGUUUGGUGACAUAUUUGGUUUUGAUGCUACUUAUAAAUCAAACAAGUAUGAUUCAGUUUUUGUACCAUUUACUGGUAUUGAUAAUCAUUUUAGGAAUGUCACAUUUGGUGGUGCAUUACUUGGUUCGGAGACUGCAGAUUCUUAUAGAUGGCGUUUAAGGUGCUUUGUUAAUGCUUUUGGAAGUGAGCCUAAAGUUGUUGUUACUGAUCAAGAUGCUGCAAUGAAAAGAGCUAUUAAGGAUGUUGGUCCUAUUUUGUCAGCAAACAUUGAUUUUAAUACAAGAAUGACUCAUGUUGUUUGGAAUGAUACUAUUACUCCAGAAGAUUUUGAAACUGAGUGGCAUUCAAUAAUGUCUACUUUUGGAUUGGAAAAUCAUGAGUGGUUAAAAGAUAUGUACGAUCUUCGAUUUGAUUGGAUUCCCGCUUAUUACCAUGGAGAGGAUUUGGCUGGUCUUAUGCGUACUACGUCAAGAUGUGAAAGCGAUAAUUACUUCUUUGGUCAGAUUUGCAAUCCAAGAUAUACACUUGUUGAAUUUUUCACUCAUUUUGAGACUAUUGAAAUUGAUGCUGCCAUUACAAAGUGUAUAUCAAAGUCUCUUGAUACUGUUGGUGAUGUUCUAUAUUUUGAAAUAAAGGAUUUCAAACAGCCGUGCACAUCUUUUUUCAAGGUGCAAUACAACAAACAAGAAGAUGGUUUAAGUAUAAGUUGUUCUUGCAAACGGUUUGAACAAUUUGAUAUAUUGUGCUGCCAUAUAUUUUAUGUUCUACGGUAUGAUGAUAUAACUGAGUUUCCUAGAAGAUAUGUUCAUAGAAGAUGGAUGAGAGAUGUUGUUUCAAUUGGAUCAAAUCAUUGCAAUAUUCGGUUUGAUGAAAUUGGUAGGAAUAGUGAAAUUGAUAAAGUUUAUGGAGAAAUCGUUGUUGCAAAUGAGUAUGUGGUUAAUAGGCUGGUUAGCGAUUUAAAUGAGCUGUGUCAUUACAGGGAUCAUAUUAAAAGUUAUAUUGAUAAAGCGGAUGAGGUUAUGGUUGUUGCGCCGCCUCCUAGUCGCAAAGAAAGAUUUGCUGAUAUUGGAGGGAACUUAGAAAAAUCAGAUUCAAUGAUUCGUGUCCCGAUCAAAAUAAGGACCAAAGAUGCGGUGUACAAAAAGGAUCAAGUCUAA